AUGGCUUCCGCCUUCGCCGUCCUUCGCUUCUGCCUGAUGGCGCUCCUCGCCGUGGCGUGCUCCGCCCAGGGACCCAGCCCCGCUCCUACUCGGCCUCCGGCCGCGGCACCCGCGAGGCCCCCGACCGUCGCCCCCGUCUCCCCUCCCCCGGCCCCGACUAUGGCGCCAGCCUCAUCUCCGCCGUCCGUGGCCCCGGCGCGAUCGCCCUCCUCCGAGGCCCCGGCCGCGGUCCCAGUCUCCUCCCCUCCCGCCCCUCCUCACUCCGAAGGGCCCUCCUCUACUGCCGGCCCGCCCGCCGAGCCCCCCAGCUCACCUCCCGACAACGGCGCCGCCUCGGCUGCCGUCAGCUGGAUCUCCGUGGCCGGCGCGGUGUGGAUCGCCGCCGCGGCGCUCUAG